CCAUUGAAAAUUUUCUUCUUCUUGUUCUUCUCUUCCCCUCUUUCGUCUUAAACCCCAAACUUCGCGGCCGCCAUGUCCGUCCUCAGCCGCCUCCGACUGGUGGUGCGGCCACUCCGUCACGCUCCGAUCGCGAGACGAUCGUACGGAUCUGCGGCGGCGCUGGAGGUGGAUUACGAUUAUUACGAUGAGGAAUUGGAGACUGUGCGAGGAGAUCGGAGCCAGGGCAUGGCGAUGGCGGACUCUCAGGGCUGGGUGCCCAGGAGAGGAGUGCAGUGGGUGGUGUUGGGAGACCCUGGGGCCAAGAAGCAUGUCUACGCCGAGAGGCUCUCCAAGCUUCUCGAUGUUCCUCACAUUUCCAUGGGCAGCCUUGUUCGCCAGGAGCUCAAUCCUCGCUCUUCUAUCUACCAGCAGAUUGCUAGUUCAAUAAAUGAAGGGAAGCCAGUUUUGGAAGAAAUCAUUUUCAGGCUGUUGACAAAGAGGCUAGAAGAAGGUUAUUCCAAUGGUGAAUCUGGCUUCAUUCUUGAAGGAAUUCCAAGAACAAGAAAUCAAGCUGAGAUUCUUGACCAAAUUGCAGACAUUGAUUUGGUGAUUAAUUUCAAAACCAGUGAAGAGGCUUUGAUCAGAAAGAGUAUAGGAUCUGGAAACUUCUCUGGGUUUCAUGAAUACAGCACCAUAAGCAGCUGUGGGAGUAAUUCAGAUCUUCAGCCACAGGACAAAGAACCAAAAUGCCUUUCUGCUACCACAGAAUAUUCCUGGAAAGAAAUGACUUCUAUGGAGCAGAGGAAGCCAUUGGAAGAUUACUACAGAAGACAGAGGAAACUAGUUGAUUUUCAAGUAACAGGAGCACCUGGAGAAACUUGGCAAGGCUUGUUGGAAGCCUUACAUCUUCAGCAUAUUAAUGCUAUCAGUUCUUCUACACACAAGCUAACCACAUGAAUUUGGCUUUAAAUUUUGGUUGUUUUCUUUUUUUUACCAUUCCGGCGUAGUAGUAAAUAUAAAUGUGAGAGUGAAAUUGACAUAGCACCACCCAAGCUGGAGUUUCCCCUCCAGCAAGUAUAUCAAGUUUUGAAGCUUUGUUCCAUUAAUUACUUUCACUUUUUAACCAUUCUUGUCUGAGCAGACAAGAUUGUGAGUUUUGUAAUGUAGAAGUGAGAAAUAAGUGAGAUAUAGAGAACAUUUUGUAUGACCUUUCUUUUCUAUCAUGGCUUAUGAAGUGAGCAUUUCAACUGCU